AUGCCCGGCGUGCCGUCGUAUCGCGGAUGCGAUGCGUGUAGGAAGCAGAAGAAAAAGUGCGACAUGGCCUCGCCUGCCUGCUCCCGCUGUUCGCGCCUCGGCAUCCCGUGUGUGGGGUGUGGCCAGCUGCGAUACAAGUUCAAGGAUCAGACAGAGCUGCAGGCCGAAAGACUGUCCAAAAAGUCCCGAGGCAGAUCGUCUCCCCCAGAAACCCGAAGCGGGAGCCCAUCGUCCAUCACCAGCCUUGUAUCGAACAAGCAAACCGCCCGAUCCGUGGCCUUUAUCUCGCUGCUCGAUAUCACAGAUCCAAGCUAUGACCUCGGCUGUUAUGGCGGGUGGUUCAAGGAUCUCCCACGGCGUCUGGGAACCAAUCAGGCUUUGGAUGCCGCGGUAGAGGCCAUGGUGGGCUUCUAUCCACACAUGCGCAGACAUGAGCAGUCAUCGCUCUCUCGGGAUUCGCUGUCCAGAUAUGUGAAAGCGCUGCAAGCUCUCAGAGCCAGCUUGAACGACCCACAACUGGCGCAGAAGCCGGAGACGCUGUGUGCCGUAUAUGUGCUGAUGAUUUGUCAAGGCUGGACAGGGAAUGACUCUGACCAGCGUAUAAGCCAUGGUGAAGGACUUGCACAUCUCCUUGAUGCAGCAGCGUCAAGACAAAACCGGGACCCAUUCGAGGAGAAUAUACGUGACACUCUUUAUGUGCCUGUAAUACUAGAAGCCAUAUUCAACCCAAGGAUACGCCUGAGCCCCUGGUUUUCGAAACUCAAGGCACGUACUUAUGGUCCGGCAGCACCAGUUGACAGUGCGGCCCGACACUACAUGAGUCUGGAGUUAAAAAGCCUUGUCCACAUCCCCGACUUGAUCCGCGAGCCUUUCGAGCACAAGGACGAGAUUGCUAUUGCAUACGAACGAAUGCGCCUUGAGAUCCCGCUCUUGAAAGCUGGUCUACGAGUGGCUGAUGCUCUAGCAUCUGAAUCGCAGACAGACGCCAGGACAAAGAUUCGCAUCCAGUAUCAAGUCUCUUAUGGACUUCUACUGGGCUGUGCGUUAAUGUUCAAUGGGUACCUGCGUGCUUUUGGCGCCGACGACGGAAACAUGGUCGAGGAGGCAGACAUGAUGGCAAACGAAGCCAUCAAGCUAGCGCACGCCGCCUCGCAAUACAGGCCGCUGGGGGCCAGCUUCAUACCGCUCUGUCUGAUCCCGGCCUGGGCGGCCUCGGACGACGCAAUGAUUCAGCGGAGCGUGAUUGCAGCCCUGGAGAUUUACCAGGACGACUUUUCGCCGCUGACGGGCCGCAGCUGGUAUAUCAUGGCAUACUGGCUAAGGGGGGAGAUGGACCUUAUCAGAAACGGGUUGCACUCGUCGCCUUUGGAGAGUUAUACUAAUAGGCAAUGGGGGACGGUGGAGCUUGAUGAGAAUGGAGAUGUGCUGUGUGGUGGCGAAACGAGCAAUUGGUUUUCCUCUCCAGAGUCAUGA